UGCAGCGAGCAGGAGUCCUUCUUUCAAUGCCUCGAUCGCGUGAAGCCCCCCGGCGAUGGCGACCCAGUCUUCCCCUCCGACGACGGUGAGGAGGAUGGCCUCAGCGACGCUGCCCGUGUCUCCUUUGCCACCGCCGUGGAUGACCGGCUCCAGGAGGAGCAGGCGGUGCUGGACGAGGAUGAGGACUACGAGGAGGAGGACUUGUCGACGUACGACUACGACAUGUGGAUGGAGGCGGACGAGCCCGUGCCCAUCAAGGAGCGUCGCCGCCGACUGCUCCACGGGAUGGGCCUCAACAGCAGCAGAGACAUCCUCCGAAGCCGCAUCGCCAGGACGAGGAAUAUUUCCAGGCAUCCGCCGCGGCGGGCGUUCGCGCCGUCUGCGUCUUCCACGCCACCCGAGAUCAUGAAACGGCAGCCCAUCUCCUUCCUUAAACGUUGCCGGUCGGAUAGCCGCCUCGCCGUCCGAGGCGCCGCCGCGAGAAAGCUGACGGCAUUACGCCGCGUGCACUCGGCACCGCACUCUCUGCAAGGUUCGCCCGUGCACAGGGCUCUCCGACCAGCCGCUCGUUGUCCGUUGCCAUCAGCGGCGUCCAAGGACGAAGGCGGAGGAGAGAAUAGAAACUGCAACCUGGAUGACGGCAAAGUGUUCGUCGUUAACGGCACCCAGUCCACGGACGGCGCGCGCGGCGCGGCCAACGACGCCCACGGCUACGCCGGGUACACCCCGCUGGUGAAACAGAUCAUGCGGCGAAGCCAGAGCCAGACUGUGAAGGCGGGGGCGGGGAACAAGGACGGCGGGAUGCCGACGAUUAAGAAACCACGGUGGCUGAAGAACAUGAAGCUCGUCGCCACAGUCGCCGCCCUCAUCCACGAGAAAGACAGGGACAGGGACAGGGACAGGUCGUCCGCGCUUCCGUCCGCGAUGACCAUGUCCAAGUCCAAGUCGGCGUCGGCGGCGGCGGCGGCGGACAGCGCCUCAACGUCGUCGUCGUCCACCGAGCGGCUCAAGGUGCACCACUCCGGCAAGUCGAGCAAGGACCUGACGGGGCUGUACAUGCGGCAGGAGGUCCGCGCGCACGAGGGGUCGAUAUGGAGCAUCAAGUUCAGCGCCGACGCCCAGUUCCUCGCAAGCGGCGGGGAGGACCGCGUGGUGCUUGUCUGGCAGGUCGUGCACACCGACGCCUCCUCCUCUAUCCUGACGCCGGAUCUCUCGACCGGCAAGCUUCUUCCCCCGCUGGCUCCCGCCGACGGCGGGUCCUUGGCGGGGGCACCGGGGCUGGCAGCGCAGCUGUCGAGAAAGGUCCUGCGCGGGAAGAGCAGCAAGCACGUGCUCCCGGAGCACGUGGUGCUGCCGGAGACCGUGUUCGCGCUCGCCGAGCAGCCGGUGUGCGUCUUCGAGGGCCACGAGGACGACGUGCUGGACCUGUCGUGGUCCAAGCAGUCGUCGAGGUUGCUGUCGUCGUCCAUGGACAAGACGGUGCGGCUGUGGGACGUGGAGAGCAAGGCGUGCCUGCAGGUGUUCGCGCACAGCGACUACGUGACGUGCAUCCAGUUCAACCCGGCGGACGAAGGCUACUUCAUCAGCGGCUCGCUGGACUGCAGGGUGCGCAUCUGGAGCGUGGCGGAGCGACAAGUCGUCGAUUGGAGCGACCUCAACGACAUGGUCACCGCCGCCAGCUACACCCCCGACGGCCAGGCUGCGAUCGUUGGAUCGCACAAGGGGUGCUGCCGGUUCUACAAGACAAGAGAUUGCAAGCUGAACCAGGAGGCUCAGAUCGACAUGAGCAUAUCCAAGAAGCGCAAGUCACAGGCGAAGAAGAUCACCGGAUUCCAGUUUGCGCCGGGGAACCCGUCGGAGAUCCUGGUGACGUCGGCGGACUCGCAGAUCCGGGUGUUCAACGGCAUCACCGUCCUCCAGAAGUUCAAAGGUACGCCAGUGGCGGCAAGGCCAUGCUCCGCCUCACCUUUACCAGCAGCACCCGUUCCAUUGCCACAAACUCCACAACGAACAGGGAACCCGUGUUUCUGCCUGCCAGGGUUCAAGAACACCAGCAGCCAGCUCUCGGCGUCCUACUCCGGCGACGGCCGCUACGUGGUCUGCGCCAGCGAGGACUCGCACGUGUACGUCUGGAGGCGCGCCGCCGGCGGCAUGGGCUCCGCUGCAGGGGGAAGUAUCGGCGUCAAGGCCAAGACGUGGCUCACCAGCCGCUCCUACGAGUACUUCUUCUGCAGGGACGUGUCCGCCGCGGUGCCGUGGCCCGGAUCCCCCCCGUCGCCGUUCCCGCGCGCGGGAGACGAGCGCGCAUCGUCGAGCGUCCAUGGCGGCGCUGGCAGGAGAGCGGACAACGACGCGUUUGGCGACGGCGUGCAGCUGCCACCACGUCCCAAGUCCGGGCCGCUUACGUUCCCCGGCUCGCAGGCGGAGAUGCUGCGCAUGGGGCCGUCGUCGCGGGAGGCCGGCUGCAACGCGUGGGGGAUGGUGGUGGUCACGGCGGGCCUGGGCGGGGAGAUGAGGGUGUACCAGAACUUUGGGAUGCCAGAGGGGAUCAAAGGGCAGAAGUGAUGGAUCUUGAUUUGGAAUUGGAUUCCAAGGGAGGGAGUGGGUCUUGAUCUUUGCGGCAGGACAGGAGCAUGAGUGCAGCAGCUUUACAAACGAUCGAACACAUACGACGCACAAGAUCGGUCGACGAACAUAUGUGCUUGUUUGAUUGAUGGGGUCGGCCCCUUGGCUUUCCCAGUUGUGUGUUUGGGUAGGGCGGACAAGUUUCAAGUGUAGGGAGGAAAGAAGAACAAUGUACAAUAUAGUGAGAAAAAAUGUAAACGACACUACGAUUGUACUGUAUUUAAGUAGAUUAAAAUGUAAACACGGUACAGUACCUUUUUUUUUGUUGAAACAGGAGAAAUAUCUUAAUGCAAACGCACACAUUUUUUUACUUUU